GCCGUCGCCGAGGAGGCGGAGGAGGUGGAAGAGGGGAACGCUGCCGACGUACGGAGGCGGAGGUUGAGGUGGAGGAGGGAAACUUCUUCUAUCGCGGCGAGCAAGUCCGGCCGAUCGAGAUCAGGAGCAAUUGGGAGGCACGGAUUGUGUUGGAGAAGCGACUUCAAGAGCUGCGAUCGUAGUACCGUCUGAGAUCUUUCUACUGAAAGUUACAAAAGAAGAUAAUGUGCUUUUGCGUGAAGACCUAAAAGUUCAUCCAAAAUCUCUUGGGGGAUUGCAUGGUGGUACCUUCCUAUUUACAAGCUUAAAGAGAAUUGACUUUGAGCAAUUUCCCCAUUUUGAAUUAAUUCCAGGUUGAUGUUAUUGAUGUUUCACCUUGGUAGCCAAUGAUUGGGUUCAGUUCAGUUAACCACAAUGGCAAGGCGAGAAAGGAUUUCAGAACUGAGCUAGUUCCAUGUGCAGUCAGAGUGAGAAAGGUUCUGAUGGGCUUCUUGUCACCCUGCAAAAGACGACGUCAAGGGAUCGAAUAGUUAAUGCACCAUAUGUAAGCAUUCCUCAUAAUUGAGGUUGUCUUCGAUCCGAAGGGCUUCCACGCAAUGCUCGUUAGAGGGAGGCUAGUGUGCCCCGAUCAUCCAGACAAAAGAUGUAGGCCUUACAAAUGAAGUCCCUAUCACCUAUCUUGUGUGGCAGCAAUGAAUCUCUUUAUCCUGAUUCAUAUAAAUUAAAUGAUUGAUCAAGAGCAUGGCCAAGUUGUUCAUCCCCUUGCCUCAUAUCGACCCUUAGCUUCAAUCUCACUUCACACAAGCAAUUGCUGAGCUCACUUCCAGAGAAUUUUGACCAUGUACCAGACAAACCCUACCUUCUUAUGGUUUCUGCCCGAGUGCAAUGGACCUUCUGUGUAUGCCAACGACAAAGCUUCCAAUUGCAAAAUGGCGUGGCAGUGGUGCGCGCAACUAUUGCAUUCGAUGUGCAGGGGUCAUAGGGCCGACUGGUGUUCCGGCACCGAUGGGCCAGAAGACACAAUACAACGAUGGGCUGUUUGAGAAACUCUUCAUGUCGUUGUUUGCUCGGAAGAUGGAGAAAUUUGCAUCUGGCGGAGCGGAGAAGAAACAACGUGCAUUCUGGGAUAUGGAUUAUGAGAAUUUUGUAGAUGUUUCCAAGAGAGUGAUGACGGGGAGGUCGAGGAAGCAGCAGCUGGAGGUUGUUAGGGAGGUUCUUCUAUCCAUGCUCCCUCCUGGUGCUCCAGCACAGUUCAGGAAACUGUUUCCUCCAACGAGAUGGGCAGCAGAGUUCAAUGCUGCUUUAACAGUGCCUUUCUUUUACUGGUUAGUUGGACCAUCUGAGGUCAUUGAAGUGGAAGUCAAUGGAGUGAAACAAAGAAGUGGAGUGCUUAUUAAAAAGUGCAGGUACUUGGAGAACAGUGGAUGCGUCGGGAUGUGUGUCAACAUGUGCAAGUUGCCUACUCAAGACUUCUUCACCAAUGACUUUGGACUCCCCUUGACAAUGAACCCAAAUUUUGAGGAUAUGAGCUGCGAAAUGGUGUACGGUCAAGUGCCGCCGCCUAUUGAAGAAGAUGCUGCUUCAAAGCAGCCUUGCUAUGCCGAUAUCUGUUCCAUGGCCAGCUUCAGCUCUCCCUCUUGCCCAAAACUUCAAUAACAACAGCACUUGAGAACGAUGCCAGCCAUUUCAGCAAACAACACUCUAUACACUAGCUUUAAAGUCAACACUAUUCCAAAUGCUUAAACCAAAUUUUAUAUGUAUGAAUUUCAUAUUAUUUUUUUUUA